UACCCUUAAUGCAAGCUGGCCACUGGACAGCUACGGCGCGCCUCUGCAGCUUGCACUUUGAUAAAGUGUUUGUAAACACUUUUAUCAUCGUAGAGAAGAAGAAGAAGAAGAAGACUGUUACAGAUUUGUGUGCGUUUGCAGCAGCAUGUCUGAAUAUGGGACAUUCCAGCAUGGCAAGUCUCGUUUCGACCAGAACACAUUUUCUGGUCGGUUCAGGCACUUCCUGGAUGUGAUUGACCCCAGCACACUCUUCGUGACCGAGAAACGUCUGCAGGAGUCUGUGGAGCUGCUCGACCGUUUCAAACAAGGAACUCUGCCUCCGGGAGUGACUGAUGCUCAGCUUUGGCAAGCUCAAAAAAUUAAGCAGGCCAUCAUCCACCCCGACACAGGGGAGAAGAUCCUCAUGCCCUUUCGGAUGUCAGGUUUUAUCCCAUUUGGCACACCAGUGGUUGUUGGCCUCCUUCUCCCAAAUCAAACAUUGCUGUCAACUAUCUUCUGGCAGUCGUUAAACCAGAGUCACAAUGCCUGUGUGAACUACUGCAACCGCAACGCCUCCAAGCCUGCUCCAUUUUCCAAAUUCGUCCAGGGAUACCUCGGAGCGGUGACCAGCGCGGUCUCUAUUGCUGUCGGGUUGAAGGUGUUAAUCCAGAAAGCCAGCCGCCUUAGCCCAACUACCAGGCUUUUGGUGCAGAGGUUCAUCCCCUUCCCAGCAGUGGCGAGUGCAAAUGUCUGCAACGUGGUGCUCAUGAGACACUCUGAGCUGUCGGAGGGCAUCAGCGUGCUGGACGACAACGGGACCGUGGUGGGAACGUCGAAAGUGGCUGCCAGGCAUGCACUUUUAGAUACAGCUCUGACCAGGGUGGUCCUCCCCAUGCCCAUUCUGAUGCUCCCUCCCAUCGUCAUGGCUGCACUGGAAAAGCUCCCUGUCCUGCAGAUACGGCGGAGGCUUGUCCUGCCCGUCCACAGUCUGGUGUGCCUCGCUGCCUUCGGCCUGGCUCUGCCUCUCGCCAUCAGUCUCUUCCCACAGAUGGCCCAGAUCAGUGUGAAUCAGCUCGAGCCGGAGAUCGCCAUGGCAACAGAUUGUAAGAUUGUGACGUACAAUAAAGGCCUGUGAGUGAUCUUCUACUGCCCGACACGGGAAGAUAGGACCCUCCGCAGGUUCAAACCCCCCCCCCCUCCCCAAAAAAAAGCUGCCAGUGAAAGAAUGAUGGUAAACUUGGCUGCGUUAUCCAAUGAGCAGUAAGCAUACGCUUACAGAGGAAGGCAUGUUGUUUACGCCAAGACAACGGUUAUUAAAUAAGCAACAACACAUGGUGACAUACUGUGAUGUAGGAAAAUAUCAUAUCGACGCCUCCGAAAGUAUUAUCACUGUGAUAACAUGGACACUUAACAAAUAGCUGAUUACCUGCUCCAUCUUGCAUGCAGAGAGAGGCCUGGUUAGCUAUGAGCUUGUCUGAUUUCUUUCUUUCUUUUUCACAACGAGCCGCCAAUUAACUGUAGAUUAAUUUGAACAAAGAUGAGAAAUAAAAAUGGGUGGAUGGAGUUAGGAUCAGGACAUGUCUGAAUGAUUGAAGUUGUGGUCUGGGUUGUAUUUGUAACUUGUAGAUGAAAUCAGGAUAAAUUAGUGAAAUGUAUUGAAAGUAGUGAAAGUUUUUUGCCCUUGUUUUUAAUUUAAUGAGGGUUUCCCAACCUUCUCUUUCAUUCCCUUUAUUCAUUUAAUAUGGUGACACUUAUACCUACAGUAUGUCUGUAACGUUUAUGCAUAAAAAAACAUUUGCACCAUAUGGGAACUUUUUAAAGCAACAUCCAACCCAACAAUCCAAUGUCAAAUGCCUGGAGGGGUAAAACUACAGAAUUGCACAAGAAAGAAUCAAAGAUUAGAGAAAAGUCUGAAAAAUAAACAUCAUUUUGUUGAUCAGAAUUUAUUUAUGUAUUUUUUUUCUUAUUUCUAACCUGGGCAGUCAUCUUGUGACCCUGGUAGGGGUCCUGACAGAAAUUCAGCCAAUUGAAAAUGUAACUCAGUCUGAUUUUGUUCUAUUGCCCCUAAAAGCCGUAAAAAAACCUUUUUAAACUUGGACCUGUGAACUAUAUUCAUUUUCAAAACGGAACUCCUUUGAAAUCAUCCAAUGACACUGUUUUUUUAUUGUAUUAAAAACCUCAUUUCAUUUAUUUAAACAGGGACAAUGCACAAGUUAACAUUAACGUUGUAUAAGAACAUGGAGAGAUAUAUUGUACCAGGUUGUAGCACAAGUGCUAUUUUCCGCCCGUAAUCUCUUGGCAGGUCAGUAACACAAUAAAUCAAUAUAUCAUGAACUCCCUUUAAAUCCCAGUCUUUGCUGUGGCUCCCUGGAACUGGAAGCAGUUUGUCAGUCACUCUAUCUCAUCUAGUCAAAUACCUAACACGUUAAAGGAGUCAUCUUUUAGAUUUGCUUCCACCUCUGUGGAAGUGCAUUUACUCUUUUUAAACUACAUUUUUGUAAUCCGACAAAGUGAAUACUUUAUAUAUACACACAGAUUAAAAUUGCAGUAAGGAUAAUUUAAAUUCUUAAAAAGGUCAUUCAAAGAGAUUUAUACAAGCACUAUUGUUCAAAUGCUGCUUUGUGUAUGUAUUUGCACUUGAUUUAUAUAAAUGUCCUGUCUCCAAGUGUUCUCUGUUGUCAUGAUCUGUGUGAUUAGUGUGUUUGUGAGGGACCGCAGCACGGUGAGCUGCCAUGCUGCGCAACAAGAAGCCGCAUGCAGGAUCAGAUGCUGGCUGUAAGUCGUGGCACACAACCAAAAAAAUACCAAGUCAUUAAACAUCCUUUUGUGAUCAAA